GCACAGACCGUACAGUAAAAACACCCUGCAGUAUUCAAGAUUGAGUUUUUUGAGUUUCGGACGUUGACGCACACAGAGCUUUGGAUUCUAUGGACGGAAUGGAAUUCAGAGUGUUUGGACGUGUUUGCUCCGGUCGCGUAUUUUGCCGGCGCUUGCUAAUUUUGCGAGUGGCAGUGUAUGUUGUGUGUGCGGCAACAAACAAAAAUUAACAACAAAACCGAAUCACAACAACAAUAAAUGCGGCAUUGAAUUGUACGUUCCAAAAAUCAAUGUGAGAGAAAAAAAUUGAAUAAAAAUGACUGCCGGAAUGAUGAGCUUGUUAAUCAGAUCACAUAAAUUAUAAAUUGACAAAAAAAAAAAAAAAAAUAAAUAAGAAUAAGAAACGCGGUUGGGCCUUAAGAGAUUGGGGUAACCCCCAACCCGAAAAUCGGUGACAAAAACCGUCGAAUUGCAAUGUUUUUGUUUCAUAAUCGACGCCUCUUCGUGAUUCAAUUGAUCGAGAUCCUGCUGCUGCUGCUGCUACUGCUGCUAACCGACCACAAUGGACGACUGACACUUACCAAGGAGCCGACAACAGUUGCUGCCGUCACACAACCGAAGAACUCAUCCACCCUCAUACCGUUUCUACAAAUCCAGAAGCACGCCGUCACAAGACUGACCAUCAGCAAGCCCCAUACCUUCUACUAUCUGCCAUGCAUCCCCAUCCUCACGCCCUACAACUACUUCCAGGACAACCAGCCCAUCUACUGCACCUGGUAUCGGAAUGACGCGGUCAUCGAGCAAUUGUCCAUUCGCAAGAAUGAGUUUUUCAUCUUCGAGAAUGGAACGCUGCGUCUGCCGCCGAACGAGAAGGCCACCGGUGCCUAUCGAUGCAAGAUUGAGUGGGAUGAGUCGGCGGUAAUAUCCGACCUCAUCACCGUCGAAUAUCCAGUCCUCAAACGAGUCUUUUUGGGUCAACAGCAGCAGGCCAAUAUAAGUGCUGUGGAGGACAAGCCCCUUGUCCUGGACUGCCCCUUCCUGAGCGUUCCCCCCGCCCGUUUCAACUGGUAUUUUAACAACGAUUCCCUGGCUAAUGACAACAGUGCUCUUAUCCUGUCCAAUGGCACUCUGAUAUUGCGGAAAUUACGUCAGGAGCAAGCUGGAAAAUACAAAUGCGUGGCCCAGAAUACUUUUGCCAACAGGGGCCAUCGUCAGUUUAUCUGGCAGCUGCGCGUGGAGGCCAAAGGCGAGGAUACCGAAACUUUGGACCAGGAGGAGCCGGAUCAUCCGGAGACGGCGGUAUCGGAGGCCCAGCUACUGCCUGCUUUCCAGAAUGCCACCGUGUACGUGCCCGCCGGCGGGUCGGUGUUGCUGCAGUGCCACGCCGUGGCGGACUUUGUGUCCAUUGCGUGGUAUCUACAGCAUCCGAACAACACCGUAGUCCAACUAAGCAACAAUAGCGUAGCUCUGGCCAUCAAAAAUGCAAGUUACGAGCGCCACGAGGGUCACUACAGUUGCAUAACACCGCUGGAAACCCAGACGUUCCAGGUGAUAGUGACCACUCCGCCGAGAAUUGUUAGCCGAUUGCCUGUGGAACUGGUGUUCAUAAGCCUAUCGAAAACACUAACCUGCCGGGCGGAAGGUCAUCCGCAGCCCAGCAUCACUUGGUACCACAAUGGUGCUCAGUUAAAUAGCUCCUACACCCGUUACAUAAACGGCAACGAGCUUCACAUCCACUCUUUUGAUCCCAUGGAGGAGGGCAUCUACCAGUGCAUGGCGAGAAAUGUUGCUGGUGAGGACUCGGCAACUGGUGAGAUGCGCUUUAAGCCCCAACCGGAGCAGGCCAAUCCCCUGCAGAACAUUCGCUGCUAUCCGCAUAGCUUUCACACCAUUAAUAUAACCUUCGAUAGCCGGACACUGGAGUCCAUGUUUGUGGUCUACAUUGUGAGGAGUAAUCCGCAUAGCUGGAUGUCGUUUGCCCCAAUGAAACUGAACCAGACCUCGUUUGUGGUCAUAUCCACUCACCUGCCAGUGUAUCGACCCUUUGCCCUCAUAACCAGAUUCCUCUAUCCCACCUCCGAGGUGAGAUCUGGAACCGCAGUCCCGCAGCAAAUGAUUCUGAGUUCGCUGCGAAGUCCUCCGGUGACCUGCUGCACCCAGGGAUUAAUGCUGCGACCCAUAGCCGUGGGAAAUGAUACGUUUGUUAAAUGGUCCCAAGGCGAGUUGGAAAACAAAAAGUACUUCAUCCUACAGUUUUCCGUCAAUCAUACGCACCCGCAUCCCUCCCAGCUGCUGAAUGGACCUCUUCAUGGCACCCUAACGCCUGUGGAGGAGAAGGUGGACGAAGUGCGUCGCCAUUUGACGAUAAUCCAGCCCUUGAAUCAGACGGCGGCUGCCACAGUGCUGAGAAAUGCAGAGCACGAGGUAUUGGACAAUGAAGUGGAUGACAUGACGCUGGAGCUGGAAGAGGACAUCUUCAGCAUGGUGGUGGAUGCCAGUGUGACGGGAAUGCUGUUGCAGCGCUUCACUCGGAUCAAGAUGAGAGUUCUAAUCAUCACCAGCGAGAAUGAGUUUCUCGGCCAGGACUUUCGCUACGUUCAGUGGAAGAUUAUCGAGAAUGGCACCUCGGAGCAAUCGAACAUGCCCUUUCGACUGGUCACCAUCGAGUCCCGGGCACUGACCUUCAAGUUCCUGGAAAGCCUAAACGAGACUUGUGUUUCCGAGUGCCACAUGUUCAUACCGCCGCAGUUCGCAAACCAAGAGCCCAAGUGCACGGAUCGCAAUAUAUCCAAUUCGAUGCUGUUGGUCACCGACUUAAAGGCGGAUCAGCGGUAUAAUCUGCACUUUUACAAUUGCAAGACCCGCAUUUUCUACGGCGAGUUGGAUGUCAAGACCGAACAGGAUCCUCCUGGCACCAUCAGUAACUCAAGGCUGAUUAAGCAGAAUGGCCUGAAACUUAUAUGGGAACCACCCGUAAACCCCAAUGGACGCGUACACCACUACGACAUUAGGUGGAGUCUGGACAAUGUCACCCAUGAGGCUAUUGUUAAAGAGUGCAAGCAUUGCUCCUAUAAGUUUCCAAAUGUUUCGGAAACAGCCAAAAUCCAUGUGGCUGUCCGAGUGAUGGGCGACACUGGAGCAGGAGCUCCCAUUUACUUUGACAUGGUGAGAAACAACCACACCCUACUGGAGGAGGACCACGAAUCCUCUCGGUCAGAGGUAUACAGCGGCAUUGCCAUCGGAUCGCUGUUGUCCAUCGUCUGUGUCUUGCUCUUCGGACUGUUUAUAAUCUUUCAGCAGCGACGCUUCAAGGCACGCCCCCAGGGGCCCUCUCACCUGACCACCCCCACGGACAUUACCUUCGGUAAUCUGAGCAGUGCGUCAGGAAUGCCGGGCGACAGUGCCGGUGGACUGAGUGGGAGUACACUGCAGCAGGAUUGCCACGAAAUGCAGACACUCAUUCCGCGGUCGCGCUACCACAUCGAAUUGCUGCCGGAGCACACACUGGAAUAUCAGACGAGUUCAGCAGCCGCAGCAGCGGCUGUGGUCCACCUGACCAAUGGUAACGGGAGCGUGCAGGUGGCCCGGCGUUCGGAUCAGGAGGAUCUCAGCAUUACCGGAGUGCACAAUCUGUCGCAGCUGCCGCUGUGUCAGUCCACGUCACCGGAACGGAAGACCGUUCAGGAUGCCAUGCGGCAGGAGGCAAAGGCCUUCUACAUACCCUACCGACACGCUCCGCCGAACGCUGUGGCUCUGAGCGGCGGUGGCCACAAACAGCGGGCGGCCAGCAACUCUGAGCUGGAGGUGGUGGUGCCGCCGAACUCACUACCAUUGGUCUCCACCAUGCCGGGCUUGGGCGGAGGAGGCACCGCAAGUGUCGGCAUUAAUGGGGGUGGAAGUGUCGGUGCUCGACGCAGUGGUAGUCUAAGCAGCAGCAGCGCCAGCAGUAGCAGCAACGGCUCCAGCAAGAAGCAAUUCCACACCAACUUUGUGCGCCACUCGAACUCCAAUGACGGCAUCUGCCUGCUGGCCGAGGAGGAGGCUGCCGCCACUCUGACACCCACCUCGGAGCGCGAGUAUGCGGCUGUCUGCCUCACCAAUGGUUUCAAGCUGCCCGCCGAUGUGGCCAAAACAGGCACCCAUUACAGCACUAACAACAACAACAGCAGCAGCAGCAGUAGCAACAGCAGCAAAACCGGUGCCGUCGGCAACAAAAGUCAGAAAGCCGCAGCAAAUGCCUGCGGCGGCCAGACGAAGGAUCGGCCGCGUCGAGGCAAUGGUAAUCCGAUCUCGUUCGGCCACAAUGCCACAUCCAUAGUUCCUGCCAACGGACCCGCAGCAGCAGCGUAUCCUGCGGCCGUUAACCACAACAACACAACCAGCAAACAGUCCUGGCCGGCGGCGACGGUGGCCCAUAGAAGGGCCCAGGUGGAUCCAAACGGGUGAAGCCAACAGCAGCCAGUUGAGAACAAGUAUUUUUACGAAGCUACCACAUAGAAGCAAACAAAACUACAUAAGUUACAAACAAAGAAAACAAAAUAUUGAAAUCAUUCGCAGCUUGAAACAUUCCAAAAGAGAAGAGAAGAUUAUAAGAGAGAUAUAUGUGUAGGAUCACAGUGCGUAUUAGUGAUGUUAAGCAUUUAUAAAGAGUACAUUUUAUAAAUGUAAAUAUUUAGAAACUGAAACUAUGGAACUAUGGGAGAAAUGAUAAUAUAAGCUGAUAUUUAUACACACACACACAUGCACACUUAUCUGCAUAGGACACAAUGUCUACAUACGCUAAGUUGUAUGCUAUAGUUUUUUUUCUCGCGAUUUUACAUUUAUUCUAUUUGUAUUUGUUUAGUUUUUGUUUGUUUUCGUUAAUUGAGGCUAAUUUUUAUUUGUAAUUUCUUAAAAUACAUAAAUACAGGCACUAUUUAUUGUUGCUUUCGAUGCAAAUACAUAAACAUAUAGACAGACAUACCAUACAAACAUAAACAGAUCGAUCAGCCAACAAGUAUGCAUUUCCAUAUUUGUCGCCAAUAAUUACUACGUUUAGCAAUUGUAUCAUGAAUGCCGCAAAAAAUUCAAUUACACUCACAUAGUAGAAAACGCAAACAGUACAGCCAAAAAACCACACACUCACACAUUGCAAUAGACCAUACACUCAACCACAAGCCACCCACUCAAAAACCACUUAACCACAAUAGUCACAAGUGUUCACAUCGAUUUCGAUUUAAAACGUAAUAUAUUCAAUAAUAUUUGUAAUUUGUAAUUUUAUUUUAUUUAUAUAUUUGUAGUCUUUUUUAAUGUUAACGAAGAGUUUCAUUUCUGCAUAUUUACUGCUGCAUUUUGUUUUGUUUAUAAAACCGAUAUAUCAAAUGUACCUGAUUAUAUUCAUUUUGCAUUCUUGUUUUUUGUGCUCUCGCUCACACAUACCCACUCAAAAGCAAAAGCAAACACAGAGACACACAUGUAGACCCGUUAACACACACCUACCAAACUCCAAUUUGUGCACAUUCAUAUUACAUAACUAAUAAUAAGCCACAAAAUCCAUCGUAAUACAACCGAAUUGUAUAUUAGAUUCACCAAUCGUACCUCGUUUGUGCAAAACCAACAAAACCUGUAGCUACGCCAAAACAGAAAUACCCACAAAAAUGCAUGCAAAGCCGUUUCCUGAGCUCCUGCUCCUUUUCCACUGAUAAUAUUUUUGAAAUGCAUACGAAAAGCCAGUUUAGUCCGACACAAGCAACUGGCUUAACAGCGAACUAUGCAUUUUGUGAAUUAUUGUUCAGUGUGAAACGAGAAGAUUGUUGCACGAUACAAGCCCAUACCUAAAAUAUACAUAUGUAAACAUAGAUGAAGCAUUCCACAAACGUAUGCAUUUUGCAGAUUCACAACACACAACAGACACACACACCAGACAAUGGAAGCUCUAACACCAAUUGGAGACUAGUUUCAAGGGUGUUAAACAUUAAAAACAAAAUAAAUGAAAAAUAUUACAUACGAAUAUAUGCUUUGUAUGAUUCAAUGUGAACGAAAAUGUGUUUGAAAACUGUAACUGUAUACGUAUUUAGAGUCUAAGUGCAAUACCAAGAAAUAAUUAAAUAGCAAAAGGUAAUCCGUAAGAUCCCUGAGACAGAACAAACCAACAACUAUAAACAAUAGUACCUUUCCACUCAAGCAGAAGCAACAUUAUGAAUCUUAUCUAACCAAGUGAGUUGCGAAUUCCAUCCCAGUAUAGACCAUCAGUAAUAUAACAAUCUAUAUUAAAUUGUGUUCAAGAUGAAAUAAGCCACAGAUUUUGCAUUUCUACGAAUAGCCCAAUAAUUGUAAAAUUAAAACUUAAAUCGUUGCAUCAAAACGACAAGAAUUAUAACUUUAACCUACAAAAAAGAAAGCAUUUAAAACAAAAGAAACAGAAAAUGUAUUCCGAAAGAACAACUCAAAAUUCCUAGAAAAAAAUAAAUAUAUAAACGAAAAAAAACAAUUUUAAAUGUUACGAAAAUUAAGAGAACGAAAAUUAACUAAAACUAUUAUACAUUAUAUGCAGAAAAAGGCAACAAGAAAAUUUAUGUACUAAAGUUAAAUAAUUAGGCAUAAAAGAACCAUAUGAAUGUACGUGUUUGGAAAAAGAUACGAAAAGAAAUGGAUAAGAGUUUGAAAUUAAGUAAAUAGAUGCGAUUGUGAUCGCCGAGUAAGUGGAUGUGAUAAAUGUUUAAAUUAUUUAAGCGCAAAAACAAUAAAGAGAUAAAGAAAUUAAUAAUUAGGAAGACAUACAUACAUAAUUAUAACAAAAACAAAAAAUAAAAAUAAAAAUGCGUAUUGCGACUUUUGCAACGGUUUUUGCCCAACGGAAACCACUCAUUAACUAAGAGUCCACUAAAAUUGUAAGCCAACAAUUAUUUUGUUCUUGUCUUUGGCAAAACUGCUGCUCCUAGCACACACUCUCUACUAAGUAUAUAUAUUUUAAUUUUUGUAAUUUUAGUUUGCUUUAAGUCCGCAUACUGUAUACCUCAUUAGUAGAGUGUGGCAAGUAACUAAAUUUAAUGAACCUAUUUAGGCUUGAUUUCCUCAUUUUACAAUCUGAAAAGGGAGUAUUUGAACUAUCCGUAACUGAACAAACGAAACAAACUAAUGUAUUUUUUAUGCAAUUUAUAUGCAUUGUCUAUAUAAUGCAGGUGAAAUUAAUUAUUUGUAGCUACCAAGCUGCCAACGGUUCGUGUUAAAGAUUUUCAAACUAAAUUUUGUGGCAACCAACAACUAAGCAGCCAAAAACGAAAAUUCAAUAUCAAUGGAUGGAUUAGCGUGUCUAAAGAGUCUAAGAGAAAAAUGUAACAACGCUCGAUGUUUGUUUAGAGAAUACAGAAGAUAUGGCAAAGAAAAAAUGAAUGCAACCUUAAACUAUUGGAAAAAUAUACUAAAAUCUAAGUUAUGAUGGAAAACAUG